AGGAGUCGAUAAGUUUGCGGCCGUAGUUCGAUAUAUGACAUAUGUAUACAGGAGCCACGUAACCUCAAACUCGAUCGCGAUGAUGGAAACACACGUUCUCGUUUGUGGACGAUAAUUUACGGAGGAUAUGGCUGAUCCGUGAUAAAUCGUAAAUACGCGUCGACGAGCACGUGUCGACCAUUGUCAGGAUGAUGGUCGACCUGGAUUACGCGCGGCGGUAUCUUAGCCUGCAGAUCAACGAGGCGGUCUGUUGGUGGUGGUAUUACAUCAGGGAGAUCUCGUGGCAGCUGCUGAUCGCCCUGCUAGCGUAUCUCUGCGUCUGCAUCUUCCUCUAUGCGAUCCUCAAGAGAGUGGGCCACGCUGCCUGGCAGCUACCGGGUCCACCUGGUAGACUCCUUCUGGUCACGGCUCAUCCAGAUGACGAAGUGAUGUUCUUCGGACCGCUGAUCUAUUGGCUGACGCGCUCCAAGGCCAGCGAGAUCUAUCUGUUGUGCUUAUCCAUGGGUGGAGACAAAAGAAGGAUAGACGAGUUGUGGGAAUGUACAAAGGUGUUGGGUAUCCCAGAGGCUAAUGUAACAAUAAUUAUGAGUAGCGAGUUACCAGAUGAUCAAAGUGUACAAUGGCCAGUAGAUACAGUUGCCGAGAGUAUCUUACAAUAUAUAGAAAUAUACAAAAUCAAUGCUGUUGUGACAUUUGAUAAAUAUGGAGUCAGCCGACAUAAGAAUCAUAUCUCAUUAUAUUUUGCAAUCGCCACAUUAUGCAUACAGAAAAAAGUACCUCCAUAUUGUAAACUGUAUGUGUUAGAAUCUGUUAAUAUAAUCAGGAAGUAUGUUCAACUCUUAGAUUUACCUAUUAGUCUACUCUCAGCCUCAUAUUGGUAUCUAGUGACAUAUGAACAAAAACAAUUAAUCAAAAGUGCUAUGGCUGCACACAAGUCCCAAUAUGUCUGGUUUCGAAAGUUAUACAUGAUUUUUUCACGAUAUACGUUCAUCAAUACUCUCCAAGAAAUCAGUGCUCUCGAUCUGGAGCUGGAUCUCCAAUUUGAUGAGGAUUAAACAUUAAGCAAAGAAGGAAGAAUGUACAAAAUAUGUAAUUAUCAUUGUACAUACUUUGUCUACCAAUGAAUUACAUUAUUGUAAAUUAUAUAAAAUGAAAGUUAUAUACCAAAGCUACAAUUUUAAAAUUCAUGCAACAUUUUAUAAGCAUGAAAUAUAUUUUUAAUCAUUAAUAAUAAUAAUAACAUGCAUAGCAGUUAAUUCUGAAUGAGGAAACGGCAUCUAGCUUUUUUGGCAUAAUAAUAAAUCUGCUUUUCUCGUAAAAAAGAAAAAAAUAC